AAUGACGGUUCUGCCACCCAGUCAACCACAGCCACGACUCAUCCCUCCUCUGCCUGCAUCCGUCGCCGCCGGCGCGCGACCUCCACACGCCACCCGCCGCGAUGGCCGCCGCCCCCUCCGCCACGGCGCUCGCCGGCGCGGCCCUCCCGCUCCCCUUCUCCGCGCGACCUCAACCCGCUCGGUUCUCCGCGGUGGCGCUCCCCCGGACGGCCCCUCCUCCCGCGGCCCUGCGGCUCCGGACCGUCCGGCGCCUGGCGGCGGCGGAGGGCGGCGGAGUGGCGGCGGGCAUGAAGGACACGCUGGACAAGGUGGUGUCGGCGCACAAGGUGGUGCUGUUCAUGAAGGGGACCAAGGACUUCCCGCAGUGCGGCUUCUCCCACACCGUGGUGCAGAUCCUGCGCUCCCUCGACGUCCCCUUCGAGACGCUCGACGUGCUCGCCAACGACGCCCUCCGCCAGGGGCUCAAGGACUACUCCAGCUGGCCCACCUUCCCCCAGCUCUACAUCGACGGCGAGUUCUUCGGCGGCUGCGACAUCACCCUCGAGGCAUACAAGAGUGGGGAACUGCAGGAGACGCUGGAGAAAGCAAUGUGCUCUUAGCAAAUGACGGGUGAUAUCAUACAGGAAACCAUUAUAUAUGGCUCUAGCCCUUGUCGAUGUACGCACUCUUUCAGCCCAUGGCAGAGAGCUGGAGAUGCAGUUGCCAAGUUGUAGAUGACUCAAAUUAUGAAGCAGUGAGUUCCAAAUGUACAAUGCACUUUGGCUAUGGUAAAUUUUGUGCAAUGUGUGGUCAAUUGUAUAGUAUCAAUCGCUUGUAUGAUGGUUUCCUGUGACAUGGAGGGCAACCCUGGGGAGGGCCUUUAUCUGCAAAAGUGGGUGCUGACACUGUUUCAAACGACGAGGAAAUAAAGAUGCCAUGCAUCAUCUAUUUUUCACUA